AUGAGAGAUAUAGCUCCUCCAACCCCCAUGAGAGAUAUAGUUCCUCCUCCAACCCCCAUCCAACCCCAUGAGAGAUAUAGCUCCUCCAACCCCCAUGAGAAUAUAGCUCUCCUCCAACCCCAUGAGAGAUAUAGCUCCUCAACCCCCAUGAGAAGAUAUAGUUCCUCCUCCAACCCCCAUGAGAGAUAUAGCGCCUCUCAUGAGAGAUAUAGCUCCUCCAACCCCAUGAGAGAUAUUACCUCCAACCCCCAUGAGAGAUAUAGCUCCUCCUCCCCCAUGAGAGAUAUAGCUCCUCCAACCCCUCCUCCCAACCCCCAUGAGAGAUAUAGUCCUCCUCCAACCCCCAUGAGAGAUAUAGUUCCUCCUCCAACCCCCAUGAGAGAUAUUAGCUCCUCCAACCCCCAUGAGAGAUAUAGCUCCUCCAACCCCCAUGAGAGAUAUAGACCCAUGAGAGAUAUCCUCCUCCAACCCCUGAGAGAUAUAGUUCCUCCUCCAACCCCCAUGAGAGAUAUAGCUCCUCCAACCCCCAUGAGAGAUAAUAGCUCCUCCUCAACCCCCAUGAGAGAUAUAGCUCCUCCAACCCCCAUGAGAGAUAUAGCUCCUCCUCCAACCCCCAUUAGAGAUACUUCCUCCUUCACCCUCCACGUGAGAAACCUCUUGCUCCACCUUCCAUGA